AUGUCUGAGAGGGAAGAAAUGGCCUCAGACGGGAGCCUGAAUGUUACACUGACACUGAGGUUGCUGAUGCACGGAAAGGAAGUUGGCAGCAUAAUUGGAAAGAAAGGGGAAACGGUGAAGAAAAUGAGAGAGGAGAGUGGCGCUCGCAUCAACAUAUCAGAAGGAUCAUCUCCCGAGAGGAUUGUAACCAUAACAGGGCCUACAGAUGGAAUCUUCAGAGCUUUCUCCAUGAUUGCACAAAAGUUUGAAGAGGAUAUAACGGCGGCAAUGACAAACAGCAAUGUGACAAGCAAUCCGCCUGUGACACUUCGCUUGGUUUUCCCAGGGAGCCAGUGUGGCUCGUUAAUUGGAAAAGGAGGAUCUAAGAUCAAAGAGAUCCGAGAGACCACAGGCGCCCAAGUUCAGGUGGCUGGAGACAUGCUGCCGGAUUCCACCGAGAGAGCUGUCACAAUCUCUGGCACUCCACAGGCUAUCACUCAGUGUGUAAGACACAUCUGCUCCAUUAUGCUGGAGUCCCCUCCAAAAGGAGCAACUAUUCCCUACCGUCCAAAGGUUAUACCUGCUGGAGCCCAUGCAGUAUUAGCACAACAGCACUCUGCACAAGCAUUUGCACUGCCAGGGCAAUAUGCUUUUGCUCAAGAUUUGACCAAGCUUCACCAGUUGGCUAUGCAGCAUAUUCCCCUCCCUUCCCUUGGGCAGAGCAACCCUACCUUCCCUGGAGGAUUGGAUGCGUCUGCCCCCACAAGUUCACAGGAGCUGGCAAUACCUAAUGAUUUUAUUGGCUGCAUAAUUGGAAGACAAGGCAGCAAGAUCAAUGAAAUUCGCCAGGUCUCGGGAGCUCACAUCAAAAUUGCCAGUGCCACUGAUGGCUCAGCCAUGCGCCAAGUCACAAUCACGGGCUCACCGGCAAGCAUUAGCGUGGCCCAGUACCUCAUCACUGCCAGCUUAGAGAUGGCUAAAUACACCAUGCAGGCUGCUUCCGCUGCGACCGCAGUUGACCUCAACAUGAGCUACCCUCAGUCUGCUUCUACCGCCUCCAAUGCUGCUACCUCUCUAGCCGUUCUGGCGGCCACCACCCCAGCCCCCACCAACAUUAAUGUCCACUCUCCCUCCACCUUGCAGGCCAUUCAAAAUCCCCACUACGCCGUCCCUGUUUCCAGCCUGCUUGGCAUGAAAACGCUUCCCGUUCUGGCUGUCCACCCAGCGGCCGCUAGCAGCCUAACACAGAGUUUAGCCCCUUACACUGCAAAAAUACCAACCUCUAGCGUCAAAAAGUCUGAGCGACAAAAAUUUGCUCCAUAUUGA